UGGCAUCCGCUAUUGAAGCGAUGGGAAUGUCACUUCCAUAUAGUAGUUCAACACCAGCAGAAUAUCCGCAAAAACAUGAAGAAUGUUUAAAUGCUGGUUGGGCUAUUAGAAAUCUAUUAGAAAUGGAUAUUAAACCAAAAGAUAUUAUGACUCGUAAAGCAUUUGAAAAUGCGAUUGUUAUUACAAUGAUAUUAGGUGGUUCUACUAAUGCCGUAUUACAUUUAAUCGCCAUUGCGAAAGCUGUUGGUGUCGAAUUAAAUUUAGAUGAUUUUCAAAAGAUUAGUGAUAAAAUUCCAUUUUUGGCAGAUUUAAAACCAAGUGGAAAAUACGUCAUGGAAGAUGUGCACAAGAUCGGAGGAAUACCAGCCGUAUUAAAAUACUUGCUAGAAAAUAAUUUAAUUCACGGAGAUACAUUAACUGUAACGGGAAAGACGUUGGCAGAAAAUUUAUCAGAUGUCCCAACACUUUCAUUUACAGAACAAGAUGUUAUUCAUCCGUUAUCAAAUCCAAUAAAACAAACAGGGCAUAUACAAAUUUUACGUGGUAAUUUAGCUCCUGAAGGUUCUGUAGCAAAAAUUACCGGUAAGGAGGGUUUAAUAUUUGAGGGUAUUGCAAAAGUUUUUAACGGCGAAGAUGAUAUGUUAAAAGCUUUCGAACAAGGUGAAAUCAAAAAAGGGCAGGUUAUUGUUAUUAGAUUUGAAGGUCCUCAAGGUGGUCCUGGAAUGCCUGAAAUGCUUACACCUACAAGUGCUAUCAUGGGUGCAGGUCUUGGACAAGAUGUUGCUCUAUUGACAGAUGGUAGAUUUUCUGGUGGUAGUCAUGGUUUCAUUAUCGGGCAUAUAACACCAGAGGCACAGUUAGGAGGUCCAAUUGCUUUGGUAAAAGAUGGUGAUCGAAUUAUAAUUGAUGCCGAAAAGAAAAAUAUAAAUGUUGAUAUAAGUGAAGAAGAAUUUGCAAAUAGACGUUCUUCAUGGAAAGCGCCACCUUAUAAAGCUACUAAAGGCACUUUAUAUAAGUACAUUAAGAAUGUUAAAACCGCAACUGAGGGUUGUGUAACUGAUGAAUGA